AUUUAUGUUAAUUUAUUUAUUUCAAUGAAAAACUAUAUUUUUUUUUCCAACCAAAUAACAAAAUACACAAAACUAAUAGAUAUGCGAAGCCUCUCCGUGUCAUUUUACUAAUCAGAUUCUAAAUUCUCAAAUCCUUCCAUAUCACUAUGUGAGCUCUCAUCCUCGUCAUCGCUGUCACUAUCUACUAUCGCCUGUAUUAAUCACUAGCCUAUCAGUAUAACUGUCUAAAUGAUGUUCAGUUCUUCGAUAUUCAUUUUCACAUUUUAUUGCGUGUUCACAAACAUUUUUCCACUCCUCAGCUCCAAUAAUGGUUACUUUUUCAGUCAAUAAAAUUUUCACCGAAUUCAAUUUCAUAUCCACAUUUCUAGCGGCUACAUAGCCUUUUAAUUGAGACCAUAUUUUUUCAAUAGGAUUGAAAUCCGGGUGAUAUGGCGGCAAUCGCAACGUAGUGUGCCCAUGUUCAUCAAAUAAAGAAAACUCUGUAAAAUUUUCCUUGUGGCGACAUAACAUAGCAUAAGUCUGUGGUUUCAUCAAAUUAGGAUCAACUGGAAUGAUAAGUGUGUUUAACCAGUUUAUCAUUUCCUGUUUUAUAGUGUUGGAAUUUGGGGGUCUCUCUUCAUAUUUGUUAUGAUAAGGUGAGUUGUCAUUAACCAGAACGGAGUUAUUGGGAAUAUUUGGUAUUAAUUGAUUUAUCAGCCAUUUCUCAGAGUUUUCAUUAUUCAUCUCUUUGUGGUAAUUACCUGUGGUAAGUGUGGAUUUAUAUGUUAAAAAAGCUCCGGGAACAAAAUCUUUUUCGUUGCCUGCAUGAACUAUUAUCAACCGUUGACCCUUCGAAAUUGGCUUCUUUACUUUUUUUCCUAUUUUUUUAUUAUCAAUCCAACUUUUGCCUUUUGUGUGGGAUGUAUGUAUGUAAGACUCAUCUAUAUAAAUUAUAUUUCUUCCUUCAUUGCGAAAAUUGCAUAUCUUAUCUAGGGUAUUCAAUUCGUUUGAGUCUUAUCUAUAUAUAUAUUAGUCAUCAUGUUUUCCAUUAAAACUAUUCUGUUAUCUUUCAUUUUAGUGAACCGAAAUCCCAUCUCUAGAAGAUUUUUUCUCAACGUCUUUUCAAAUCCAUUAUAGUUAAUAGCCUCAGAUAAUUUGAUUUUCAAUGCUUUAAUUAUCGGAAAUUCAUUAAAUGUUAAGUGAAAAUCAUACACCAUUCUUCGAACAACAUCCUAAUCAAAAUCAUCCAAAUCCAAACGGUGUUGCUUUUUGGUCGCCCUUUUUUUGGGAGUACCAAACUUAAAUUUUUAUUUUUAUUUAUUUGUUUAUAGUCAGGCAACGAAGGCCCAUAGAUAAAUACCUUAUAGUCUAACAUAAAUACGGAUAUAGGUAAUACAUUAAAUGUUAGUAAUUAAAAAAUAAUAAUAAUUAUGUUAGUAGAAACCUAAUUAACACGUAUAGACGGCGACGUGUGACGCGGAGUGGUGUCAGGUAGCCGGCCUCGGAACCGCCGGAACACAACACCUUUCGGCCUAAAAUCUUCUUUUAUGAACGUCGCCAGAUGUUCGGUUGGCACCCACACCACAAAGGAAUUAAAAUUCACAUUGUGACGGGACUCCAACCGUGCGACUCUGAGGGAGAAUUUGGUCUUAAUCCGCAGGUACUCUACGAUCUCCUCUUCCUUCGUAGAGUAAUGCAGUCGGGACACGUACAGCGGCGUCGUCGGUAUUGCAGGACGCAGCAGAUGGUCCAGUCGGGGCGGCACCACACAGAUUGCGGCGAAUGGGCUUCCUCUUCUUCCUUUCCACUUUAAUGAAACUCUCUUCGUCAGAAAUCCGCUUUUGUGACGCUGCCGGAGUAGCACGUUGGAUGCUGAGUUUGCUACUCUUCUCUGUUUGUUGUUUACUACGACGCUCGCAAUUCGGAACCGCAUCAACGGGUCGGCUGGCGGCUGCUGCUGCGUAGGCACGUUGCGGUGUAGACGUGCAUGCACGUGACGUCUCCGGUGUGACGGAGGGGCGGGCGGCGGCGGUGGAGCACGAAUUAAAUUCUUACUGUACAGUGGCGCACGACCGCUUGCAAGUACGCAUCGCACUACACUGAAAUGAACUCGGCUAGCUUCAUUUAAUAUAUUUCUGACAGUUUUUCUUGAAAUUCCAGUAGUACUCGCAACUCGCUCUUGAAUCUUCAUAAAAUAAUUACUGCCAUCAUCAUCCUUAAUUUUACUUUCUUUCAUGAAAUAUUUAUACACAAUCUAAAAAAUUUCGCGAGACUGUCCGUGCCAUGGUUUCCCACUUUUUAUUUUAGAUGCCAUGAAUAUUUUUUUGUUGUUGGUGUUAGCAACUCUGUAUACAUAUUAGAAGAAGAACACGACUACUCCUCAGCGACGUUUAACUACGACUGACAAGUUAGCGACUAAACGUCAGGUUGAUAAGGGUGACAGAGACGGCGCUAUACGAAGCCGAAGCUAGCCGAGUAUCUCUUUCUAAAGCACGAUGCGACUUAUAAAUGGCCGGGUACUGUAUACUAUUAGAGAGAGAGAGAGAGAGUUUGAUGUGAUGGUGGAAUAUAUUUACCCUUGUAUCGUAUCUUAAAAAGAAAGAAAGCUCGUAAGUUAGCGAGAAACAGAGGGUCUCCAUUUGGGAGAGAUAUCCAUUUCUGUUACGUUAUGUCUAAAACACUGUCCCGUAAUGCGGUCCAGUAAGAUGGAUAGUGCGUAGAGGACUUUAGGAUCUUGAUAUUUUCUGGAAAAAUUCUAGAUAUAUUCUAUGAUCCUCGGAAAGUGUAGGAGAUACUCAAAGCGGAAAGUACUAUCAAUAAGUGUUAUAGUCUAUAUUCUUUUUCCAAUUUUAUUCUCUUGAUAUGCUAAAGUUUAUUCUUCUUUACAAGAAUGUCAAAUGCGCAGAUACUUUUGUUGAAUAACAUAACUUAGAUUUAUUACCUAAAGUUACUAAAUGUCUAUUUGAACUAGCUUGAAUAACUAAUGUCUUUAGUAACCAUGCUAAGAUCGUAAAGUAUGGAAUUUAAAUAUAAACUGAAAGGAAAUGCCGACACCCAAACAAAAUGAGCCAAGGAAGAGCAUUCUAGUUGUUCCAAGUCGAGUGGUUAGCAGACCUGAUGAUGUUGAAGGAGGAGAAGAAACUGAAAUUGCUGCUCAAAUAUCAGUUCCACAAGAAGGCGGGUGGGGUUGGAUAGUUGUCAUUGCCUCCUUUUGGUGUGCCAUGAUUUUAGAUGGAAUAGUUUUUACAUUUGGUAGUUUACUUAGCGAUAUGACCAAUCAACUUGGCGUAUCAGAGUCUUUAGUUUUAUUGAUAAAUUCUGUGGCAAUUGCAUUAUAUUUUUUCUGUGGGCCCCUAGCAUCGGCCUUCAUAAAUCGAUUCGGUUUCAGAGCUUGUGCAAUGUCAGGAUCGGUUAUUUGUUCAUGUUCAUUAUUUUUGUGUUAUUUCGUCACCAACUACUUCUUGUUGAUUGUGUUUUAUGGCGUUUUAGCCGGAUUUGGAUAUUGUCUGAUUAAUAUGGCUUCGGCAUUGGUAGUUGGAUUUUAUUUUGAAAAACUACGUUCAAUUGCUUUAUCAUUAGCAACUUCCGGCUCCAGCGCAGGUGUAUCGGCUUUAUUUCCUCUAAACGAUUACUUAGUUGGUUUAGCAGGUUGGCAAACUACAACUCUGUUACAUUCUGGAUUGUUAGGUACAAUAUUUUUUGUGAGUAUGGCAUUUCGACCUUUAUUAUCUCUAACAGUAAUAAAAACUUCAGAUGAUCCAACACGCACUGUUACAUAUUUGCCAAAUUUAUCGAAAGUAGCGGUUCCAUCAGCACCAUCAAGCUCUAAGAUAGAAGGUCUGAAACCAACUGCUGCUGAACGUUUAUUUAGUGCUGUCUCUAAUGUAAAUUUUCCAACUGCUGCAGCUGUCGUCGAAGAUGAGUUGACCAAACCUAGUACCCAACCUGGUCCAUCAACUGCUGCUGCAUCUAAACUCACUCUUACAGCACACCAUCCUCAAGGAGUUAGUCGUCGUCAUAUAAAACAAGUACAGUCUCUAAUGUCUAGGACCAGCGUACAAGAUAAGACUAAGAAUAUUGAAGUCGUCAUAAAUGUAGAAGAACGUCCUAAAAAACGGAGCUGCUGGGCACGAUUAUGCCAUUGGGAAGAACACGUACCCCAAUCAAGACCUCUAUAUAGAGAUGAUGCAUUUUAUGACGGAAAUAUAGAAAAGUUACCUAUUUAUCAGAAAAGUAUGAUGGAUACCGGUGCUGAAGCAAAAACGGGACUUGAAUAUCAAUUAGCUGUAUCUCGAGCAAUAACAGCCGGAGAUUUACAUGAACAUAGAGGUGUAUUUACUACUGCUGCACGAAGAGUAUUAGCGACAAUGAUGGAUCCAGCCUUGCUAAAAAGGCGUUCUUUCUUAGUAUUAUCAUGUUCAGGCUUUUUAGUUUAUUUAGGAUUUUUGGUUCCUUAUAUUUACAUAAAAGAGCGAAGCUUAAACAUUGGAAUUGACCAAAAUAAUGCUACAAUAUUAGUGUCAGUAUUGGGUAUUGCAAACGCAAUGGGUAGACUAGUAGUUGGAGCAUUAGCUGCUAAGAUAGACCCCUUAAAACUUUAUACAGUCGCAUGCUUCGUUGGAGGGCUUAGUACUAUACUUUCAAAUUGUUCAUAUAAUAUGUAUUAUCAAUAUGGAUACGUGUCUGUUUAUGGAUUUUUCGCGAUUAACCUAGUUUCUUUGCGAAGUAUGGUAAUAGUUUCAAUGUUUGGCCUGGAUAAAUUAACAAGUGCAACGGGAAUGAUGUUGUUAUUCGUAGGUUGUGGCAGUUUGAUAAGCACACCGUUAGCUGGUGUUAUAAAGUCACAAUAUGGAUAUUCCAUGGCCUUUUAUGUAGCUGGAAUAUUUAUUGUGGGAAGUGGUUUUGUAUCAUUAUCAAUAUAUAGCCUUAUUAAAAAAGAAAGGCUUAAGGAAAGAUUACCAGAAAGGCCUGCAAAAUAGCAGUAGGGUAAACAUUAACAAGGUAGCAGACCAUAUGAGACUGCUUCAAAUUAUAAAUCUAGUUGAUUGUCAAAUAUUAAAUAAUUAUCAAAAAAUAUUUUAUUUACUUAUAAUGCAUAUUUCUCGUGUAAAAUGCUCAAAUACAGGUGAUGUUCACAAAGAAUGAAGCCGGAAAUAUAUAUUUGUCUGUCGUGUUGUGUCGUAACAAGGGCUUGCAUACGAAAAGUUUUGUUUUUAUUAGAAUAUUAAACGAUUUUUUUUUUAAAGUUUAAACUGUUUUAUUGAUCAUGUUUUUAAAGGAUUUCUAAUUUAACAAGACCACUGCAUCUCAUGGCAUAAAUCUAAUAAUAUUUUUAACAAAUAAAUCAUACGACAAAUAACACAACAUUUUUGAUGAAACUAGAAAAAAAAGUAGGUAUUAAAUAUCUGUUAUUUAUAACGUCGGAGAUGCACUCACAUACGCACAUUACAAUUCAAACUUAUUUUAUUUUUAUAGUUAAUUAAGUAAAUGACUCUACCCCACUUGAUCUUAAGUGAUGAAAGAAGAAGAAGAAGAAGAUGAGUGAGAAGAUGUAGGUGCAGCAGUUAUUAACUACCACGCCAACAAUCCUAACCUUGUCG